AUGUCAAAAAAACGUUUGUUAAUAGAUACCUCGCGCACUAGACGGCAACUACCACGACCAGUCGUGGCCGACCCAGUUUGCCUGCCACGACUGGUAAAAAAAGCAUUAUCGAGCUGCUGCAGUUGUUUUUCUGAGCUCCAACAGUAUGGACAUAGAAAUACGACGACGCCUUUUCCACAUCAAGUACUGGCUGUGGAAAAGGCGUCGUCGUAUUCAGUUGCAGAACGAUGCGAAGCGUAUUCACUCAUGAACUGUCCUCACGAUACUAGAACAGAAUGGCUGGCUGGAAUUAAACAACGUUCGUCGCAAAGACCAGUCGUACCGGCUCGUAUAGUUUCCUUAGUUAAUCUGACCGUUGCGGCGACUGAUCGUGGUCGUCGUGGCCGUCUAGUACGCGAGGUCCCAUAA